GGUAGCUCGACGGAUGCAGCCGCCAAUUCUCACAUGGUUACGUUUGUAACAGAUAUUGAACAAGGCGCCCAACCUUGGGCAAUUUCUCACCUCGCGGUGGUAGAUGGAUUCGAAAGAAAUAUUUCCGCUUACAGGAUAGGAAUUGAUUCCAGCAUAUGGUACCAGCAUUCAGUGACGUCCAAGAGAGCUGGAGAUAUCGGCGAUAAUCCGGAACUGCGUAUCCUUUUCUUCAGACUGCGUCGACUUGCUGAGUCCCCAUUUGUCCCGCUCUUCGUGUUUUCAGGUCACGAGAGGCCGGACCGGAUAGGAAUCAUUGACGCUGUAACACUGAUGAUGUCAACGCACUGGUUUUUGGGGCCAGGACCGUUAUAAAGAAUCAAUGUCUAAACACCAAAAGUGUGACUUGGCGCGAUGGCAUAAUGUCAUGGUCAUAUCAAGGACCUGCGUGUAAUGUCUUGAAUUCCUCACAACGAGCAUCGUCAUCGGGCAACACUGUAUCCGUCAUAAUGCUGCGCUCUGUUCUGCCUCGUUUGAAUAUCCCAAUAAUGCAACUGCAGC